UCAUGCAAAUUUGAAAAGACGAGGAUAGUUGAUGGACUUAUAGAUGCCUCUCUCCAGAGAUGCCGUUCCUUGGAAACAUUGUGUUCGUAUUCAUCAUACAGUUAUGUGUCACGUGUUUGGCUCUUGCUUCAGGCAAUCCGUCGAUGAAUGGAACUGAGUCAAAAUCGAUUUAAUCAGAAAACCCGGAUGAUGCAGUCUUGAAUCACAUAGAAGGGCUGAACAAUGGUGUUAAAGGCAGACUGUACGAGGCAGAUAUUGUGUUGUCUGAUGAAGAUAAGCACCUUGUAGAUCAACGAGAGGAAGGUGAUGGAGAUGGACCUGAAGGUGCAAAUAACAUGAUAAAGAGAAAUGCUGUAAGAAACAGACAAAAACUGUGGAAAACCCGUGUUUUGCCGUAUAGAAUAUCUCCAGCUUUAUACCGCGUCAAGAGCGUGAUCAUGGCGGCCAUGAAAGAGUUUCGCCGAAGCACUUGUUUACGCUUCAGGCGGCGAAGGAAAGAACCGCAUUGGAUCUAUUUCGUGAAACGGCCUGGUUGUUGGUCGUCCGUGGGUCAGAAAGUCUCCAUCCCAGGUCCUCAGCUUCUAUCUAUUGGUCCCGGAUGUGAUAAGAAAGGAAUCAUAAUGCACGAACUCAUGCACGCCGCUGGCUUUUGGCAUGAACAAUCGCGCACGGAUCGUAACAAGUAUGUGGAGAUAUUGUGGGAGAAUGUUGCCGAAGGUCAGGCUCAUAAUUUUAACAAGUACCCACAUGGCAAGCUGGACUCCCUGGGUGCUAUGUACGACUUCCAGAGCCUGAUGCAUUAUGGGAGUCGCGCAUUCUCCAAAAAUGGAAAACGUACUUUAAAAGCCAUCAAACAUUCCGGAUCGCAACUCGGUCAAAGAAAAGGUUUUAGUGAAACGGACAUACUGCAGUUGAAUGCACUGUACGACUGUAAAAGUCAAAGUUCCCAGACUUGGAGUUCUUGGACAAAGUUUGGUCCUUGUAAUGACAAAUGUCAGAAGGUUCGUCAGAGAUUCUGCACGACACGCGAUCGAACGCGCUGCCCUGGGGCGGGUGCUUACGGAAUUCAAAAGCAGCCAAGGACAUGCUCGCUAAAUGAGUGCUACGCUCCCGUUCAUGGCCAUUGGGGCCGCUGGAGCUCUUGGUCUUCUUGUACUCGAGCUUGUGGACCUGGCCUUCGCGCCAGAAGGAGGCUGUGUGACGAUCCACGUCCGAGGUAUGGCGGGAAAAGAUGUAAUGGAAGCAGCCUUCAGACUGAACGGUCCACGAGAUGCGAAUGUUGACUGAACAUUUAGAGGAAAGUAUUGAAAAAAGUGAUGGGAUUGUCGAUAAAAAGUCAUUUGUAAUAAACUCCACCAUAGAAGCAACUGGAAUAGUGAUUUGUCAAUGGUGUGACGAUGCAGAAAGUCAAUCAAUUGCACAUGUGAAAAACAAUUCGCGAACAACAAGGUUAAAGUUUCAUUCCACGCGAGGGAUGGGUAUUCUUUCCCCUUCUUUUGACCUCAGAAGCAGUCGAUGUCUUA